CAAAACCUACAUUGCUGGGGUGGAGGCUUGUUGUAUUGGAAACUCUUGUAUUAAACAGACAAGCUUCAGAGCACUGAUUGAUAGUGGGACAUCAUUUACAUUUCUUCCAGAUGAAGCAUAUGAAAAAAUUGCGAAGGAGUUUGACAGACAUGUCAAUGCUACAAGGUCUAGCUAUGAAGGAUCUCCUUGGAAGUAUUGCUAUAAGUCCAGUUCACAAGAGUUGCCCAAGGUUCCAUCUGUGAUACUCAUGUUCCCAUUGAACAACAGCUUUGUGGUUGACAAUCCUGUUUUUAUGGUCUAUGCCAAUCAGGAAGUUGUUGGUUUUUGUUUAGCCAUACAGCCAGCAGAUGGAGAUAUUGGAAUAAUUGGACAGAACUUCAUGACGGGAUACCGGAUGGUGUUUGAUAGGGAAAAUUUGAAGUUGGCCUGGUCUCCCUCAAAUUGUCAAGAUCUCAGUGAUGGUAAGAUUAUGCCCCUUAACUCUCCUCCACACGGCACACCAUCAAAUCCAUUGCCAACAAAUGAGCAGCAGAGCACCCCUGGCGGCCAUGCAGUUGCUCCUGCUGUUGCUGGAAGAGCUCCCUCCAAACCCUCAGCUGCCUCAAGUCAGCUCAUUAGAGCUAGCUUCUCUUUGUUAAGAUUGGUGCCUCAGCUGCUUCUACUUUUAAAUAUUAUACCAUCUCUGACUUGAAACCAGAUACUGGCAUCUUCUGAUAGAUCUUUAAUUAUUUAGGUAGUAUUACAUGUAAAUCCUGGCUUUUUCUCCUCUUCUUCUUUCUGUCUUUCCUGGGGUUUUUUUUCUUUUCUUUUUUUUUCCUUCCGAAAUAUAUAAAUAUGUAGCUGUUUGUCAUCCAAUGCCAUCAAUUUUUACCU